GAAGAGGAGGAGCAGGAAGAGGAAAAGCAGCAGGGGAAGCGCGGGGUCGGCGGCCGCUGUGUCCGCCGCGGCGCCGGGAGCAUCCCGCAGUCCCCCCGGCCCCGCCCCGGGCAGGAGGUCACGGAAGCUGUUCCCGUCGUGUUGCCGAUGCAGUGGAAGCCGACGGUUCGUGCCGCACGUUCACCCCCAUGGCGAAGGUCUCGGUGGCGAACAGCACCUGGGGCAGCGAAGCCCAAAAGGCGCCGGGACCCCCCUGAGAAGAAGGAGCGGAGGGAGAAGGGCCGGAGUGAAGAGGAGAAGCAGGCGGAAUUAGGAAGAGGAGGAGCAGGAAGAGGAGAAAGCAGCAGGGGAAGCGCGGGGUCGGCGGCCGCUGUGUCCGCCGCGGCGCCGGGAGCAUCCCGCAGUUUCCCGCCUUUUUCCCUCCCGUUUUCGCCUCUUUCCCACCCCACUGGCACAUGGAGGACACGGCACCAUGGCCCCGAACGCUGCCCCACAGUCCCCCCGGCCCCGCCCCGGGCAGGAGGUCACGGAAGCUGUUCCCGUCGUGUUGCCGAUGCAGUGGAAGCCGACGGUUCGUGCCGGCACGUUCACCCCCAUGGCGAAGGUCUCGGUGGCGAACAGCACCUGGGGCAGGUAUGGGGCAGGUUUGGGGCAGUCUGGGUGCGGAUUGGGCUGGUUUUUUGGGCAGCUUUGGGUCAGUUUAGAGCAGUUUUGGGUGAGGUUUGGGGCAGGCUUUUGGGGCAGGUUUAGGUGAGGUUUGGGGAC